AACGUCAUUGUAUGUCAGAAUUUUUAAAUAUUUUAGAACGCUUUAUUUAUAUUAUAAUUCUUUCGUCUAUUUUAUUAUGUUGAAGAAGGUUCACAUUUCCAAUUCUUCCGAUACAUUGAGCGCAGAAAAGAAAUUGAUUCAAUGCUCAGUUUGUUGUAAGACUGUGGCAAAGUCAGUACUUUAUGUUUGCAACUCGGGCCACGUCAUCUGCAAGAGCUGUCAACGUUGUGAUGCGAAAAUGGAAGACAGAAAUGAAUGCGGGGACUUUAAUCCUGAAGAAGAUUUCAAUACCGAUAAUGACAUGAAACAAGUCAAAAGUUGUGAUGGAAAAGCAGAUUUAGCUAGCGGCGAUCAUGAUGAAGCACUUAUAUCUCAGGGACUAGAUAAUGAGAUGAAGGAUUUCUGCAAAGACGAAGAUGGUUGCAAGGAAAAUUCUUCGAAGCACACAAUUGAAACAACAAUUGAAUACAAGAAUCCUUACUACCAAGAGAGCAAAUCAAGUGGUACACCAAAUCAUGACUCUAUUAAAACUUCUGAAACAAUACAAGAAGAAACACAAAACUGCAAUUCAGUGCAAAGGCCAGUGUUAUGUCCAGUAUCCAACUGCUCGAAAAUGGUAACGAUUGAUUCCAUAAUGCUGCAUUUUCACUUUGACCAUUCCAAAGUACCAAGAACGACCAUAGAUGACAUCACCCCUCAAGAAGUUUCUCUUAAAUGUUCGAACUUUUCAACUGACGUUCAAUGCGUGGCAACGUUUAUAAUCGAAACCCAAAGGCAGAACCAGACUAACAAGAAGAGAACAGAGUCAGUACAGACGGGUCGCAGUUCUAUAAAAGACUCCAAGCUACUGCUUUUGAUGGCAGUGAGAAUGCCAACAAACUACAUAAAACUGCCAAAUGUGAAAUGUGAUGCAUCACGAAUCUUCACCAGGACCAUCCAUACACAGACUGAGAAAAUUUACGAAAGCGAUUUAGAAACUAAUACAGAUAGUUUUAGCAAGGACAGCAGUGACUACAAGUCAUGCAUUAAUAAAUACAUACAUGAUGACGACGAAGUUAUUCUUCUAUGGCUCUGUAAAUUAGAUGACGCAGAAAAGGUGUUUAGUGUAACACUUUUGGGUGAAGACAAGAGACGUGGCUAUUGUUACAUUGGCGAUGCCGUUCAUGUUAGGGACAAGCAAGAUCCUUCAUUACUCUACGACAGGUCUGAGUGCCUCAUAGUCAAGUCAUCUGCCGUCAGUGACCUCUACGAUGAACGCGGACGUAUUACCGCUAUUGUUAGCAUGAUAGGAUAAUUAUUUAAAAAAUAUAUUAUUAAA